AAAGUCCUCCCACCGUCUAUGAACGCAGACCACUUCCGGCGUGGCCAUGGCGGCUAAUGCUACUACGAACCCGUCGCAGCUGCUGCCGUUAGAGCUUGUGGACAAAUGUAUUGGAUCAAGAAUUCACAUUGUUAUGAAGAGUGAUAAGGAAAUUGUUGGUACCCUUCUAGGAUUUGAUGACUUUGUCAAUAUGGUACUGGAAGAUGUCACUGAGUUUGAAAUUACACCAGAAGGAAGAAGGAUUACUAAAUUAGAUCAGAUUUUGCUAAAUGGAAAUAAUAUAACAAUGCUGGUUCCUGGAGGAGAAGGACCUGAAGUAUGAAUGAGUUUCCUUGGCUUACACUAGAUUCUGUUUUGUCUUAUAAUGACAAGAAAAUGGAAUUUCUUUUUGCUUUCUGUUUAAAUCCCAUAAAGCUAAGUUUCCCGUUAAAGGGAAGUGCUUUGAAGAUGUGUACCCAUUUUUGUAAGUUAAUCAUGAUUAUUCUGGAAAAAGAAGAGUUUCUUCUUUGAAGACGAAAAUAAAAGUGUUUUUGGUUAACUGUCAUUUUAUUUAUUGUCCUCCAGUAGCCAGUGGAAUAGCAAUUAUAGUUAUUUUGCCACUUACUUUUCUGUCAUUAUAUGCCUAUUUGUUUUCUCAUUUACAUUACCAUUUGAUUGUCACACAAAAGUUGUUCCAAACAAAAUGAUGAACUUUGAUUUGAACAGGUGCAUUUAAACAACUGGAAACAAUCACUUAGAAAAUUCAAUUAAAAUGCUGUUGUU